GUAUGUUCACUACAGCUUCUUCAAUGAAAGGCUCAAUGGGGUUUGGUUUGACUCUUCCAACAGAGAUAUCCCAGUUGAUGAGGACCAGAGGAACACCAGUCUGAGUAAAUCCAUAUUCAGGAGCAGAGAACAGAACAUCAUCUCUCCAGAAAGGCUAUUGUACAAGCAGCCCAGUGUCUUGGUGGGUCGUACUGAUGUGGUGGCAGUCACCCCAUGGUUGGCACCCAUCGUCUGGGAAGGAACCUUUGACCCUGACCUCGUCGACACAAUCUACAAGUCCAUGAACAUCACCAUAGCAACCACAGUGUUUGCCGUUGGAAAAUACGUCCGCUUUCUCCGAGAUUUCCUGGAGACAGCAGAGAAGCACUUCAUGGUCGACUUCAACGUGCGCUACUACGUUUUCACAGAUCGUCCCGAUGAUGUUCCAUCAGUGAACCUGUCUCAGGGGAGACAUUUAAGUGUGAUCCAGGUGCCAGGUUCAAACCGCUGGCAGGAGAUAUCAGCCCGGAGGAUGGAGAUCAUCCAGACAGCCAUCGAACGUCAGAUCAGCAGGGAGGCUGACUACAUCUUCUGUCUGGACGUGGACAGCAAGUUCCACGCUCGCUGGGGAGCCGAGUCUCUGGGCAGGCUGGUUGCUGUGAUUCACCCAUGGUUCUACCAGGCGACCCGUGACCACUUCACAUACGAACGGCGUCCAGCCUCGACAGCCUACAUCCCCAUGGAUGAGGGAGAUUACUACUAUGCCGGGGCCCUGUUUGGAGGAUUCGUGGAGGAUGUGUACACACUAACAAAGGUAUGCCGGAACCAGCUUGAAGAGGACGCGAGGAAUUCCAUCGAGGCUGCCUGGCAGGAGGAGAGUCACCUCAACAGGUACCUGCUUUACAACAAGCCCAGCAAGCUGUUGUCUCCAGAGUACCAGUGGGAUGACAAGAAGACCAAAACCAAAGAGGUCAAAGUCAUUCGCUUCUCUUCUGUCGUUAAAAACUAUGCUGAAAUUCGUCCCAAUGUAUAGGACUAGGAAUUGGAUAUUCGACCGACAGAAGAAAAACUUAAUAGAUUAUAGUUAAGGUUAGGUUAAGUUAUAGCUUCACUGAGGUUUGGGUUAAGUUCAGGUAUAGCUUCACUGAGGUUUGGGUUAAGGUUAGGUUAAGUUCAGGUAUAGCUUCACUGAGGUUUGGGUUAAGUUCAGGUAUAGCUUCACUGAGGUUUGGGUUAAUGUUAGGUUAAGUUCAGGUAUAGCUUCACUGAGGUUUGGGUUAAGGUUAGGUUAAGUUCAGGUAUAGCUUCACUGAGGUUUGGGUUAAGGUUAGGUUAAGUUCAGGUAUAGCUUCACUGAGGUUUGGGUUAAUGUUAGGUUAAGUUCAGGUAUAGCUUCACUGAGGUUUGGGUUAAUGUUAGGUUAAGUUCAGGUAUAGCUUCACUGAGGUUUGGGUUAAGUUCAGGUAUAGCUUCACUGAGGUUUGGGUUAAUGUUAGGUUAAGUUCAGGUAUAGCUUCACUGAGGUUUGG